CGCCUCAACAAAAAUGGAAGAAACACACCGGCACGGCGCCUCGGUGCCCCUUUCUCACCUACCUCCUCACUCCCACAUCCCACACGAUGCCUCGAUUGCCUGCAAUGCGGCCACCACCACCGCACUGGAGCUCUCGGCGCCGCACCGGCGAGUCAGCAUCGGCAGCGACGAGGAAAGCCAGCCGCCGCCGCGGUACACGCUCGCGAAUGACCCAUUCCAGCUAGCCUCAAAGCUGAAGACGCCCGAGGAGAUCGAACAGAUCCAACCGCAGGCCAACAUCGCGCGCAAACGCGGGUCCGGACCCACAAACCAAAACCGGAGCUGCCUGGCCUCGACGGGCGGCAGCGGACGGGGGGGCCCGCACCGGGCGCUGGCGCACAGCCUAGUGUCGAAGCAACUGCAGGGGUUCUACCAGACGCAGAACGAGAACAUCGAGCGGAUGCUGAAGCCGGUGGAGGAACACGUGCGGGCGGCGCGCGAGACCAACAAUAGCAACCAGCUGAAAUACCGGAUCGCGGUGUACGGCAGCUUCGCGGCCAACGUGGUGCUGUGCGUGCUGCAGCUGUACGGGGCGAUCUCGUCGCGGUCGCUGUCGCUGUUCACCACCAUGGCCGACGCCAUCUUCGACCCCAUGUCCAACCUGACGCUGCUGCUGUCCAACAAGGCCGUCAACCGCGUCGAUGCCCGCAAGUUCCCCGCCGGAAAGGCCCGCAUCGAGACCGCCGGCAACAUCUGCUUCUGUUUCCUCAUGUCUGCCGUCUCGUUCAUCCUCAUUGCCUUCUCGGUGCGCGAGCUGGUGGAGGGCUCCGAGUCGGAGACCGCCUCGUUCCAUCUCCCCUCUGUCGUCGCCGUCAUCGUCGCCUUCUGCACGAAGUUCGCCCUGUUCCUGUACUGCUUCGCGCUCAAGGACCAGUACAGCCAGGUCCGCAUCCUAUGGGAGGACCACCGCAAUGAUCUAUUCAUCAAUGGCUUCGGUAUCUUGACGUCCGUCGGUGGAAGUAAGCUCCGCUGGUGGAUUGACCCGGCCGGCGCCAUUCUGCUGUCCGUGCUGGUCUCGGCCCUGUGGUUGCAUACCGCCUACCAUGAGUUCCAGCUGUUGAUUGGCGUGACGGCUGAGACGAAGAUGCAGCAGCUGAUUACGUAUAUUUCAAUGACCCACUCCCCGCUGAUCACCGCUAUCGACACCGUCCGCGCCUACACCUCUGGGCCCCGUCUUGUCGUCGAAGUCGACAUCGUGAUGGACCCCGAUGACUCCCUGCGUGCCACCCACGACGUGGCCGAGGAACUGCAGACGAAGCUCGAAUCUCUGCCUGAUGUGGAGAGAGCGUAUGUGCAUGUGGACUACGAGACGACGCACAAGCCGGAGCAUUUCCUGAAGAAGGAGCUUUAAGUUGGUGCUUUCUUUGAUGUGCGGGGGUGUGUGUGUGUUGGGGACUCGAAACAGACCACCAGGACGGAUUUAUGCUAUCAGUGCCGCUUGGAAGGGCCACAUUGUACCGUACCUGAUAUGACUUAAUGUCUGGAC